UUUCUUUGAUCUGAACUGCAACAAACCCUUUUGAGUUUUCGCUUCUGGUUCAUGGUCAGAACGAAGAGAUUUGUGGAUUAAAAGAAAAAAGUUGUUCGUUUUUGUUUCUGUGGUUGAAGAACAAAUAAAGGAGAAAAAUGGCUGUACAGGCGCAGUUGUAUUCUGAUAACAUCGGCUUUCCAUUGUGCGGUUCUUUGGAUUUGAUCGACAACAAUGGCUGCGGUUUCAAUCAAUACGGUUUAAGUGUUCAACAGUUAUAUCACUUAAACCAACUGCAACAAGAACAACAGCAGUUUCAGUAUAUUCGAAACCAGCAGCAAAGAAAUCAGAAUCUUGAAUCCAGGAUGUUUAGCCAAAACGAGAUUGAUCAGUUCAUCAAAUCACAGAAUGAGAGGCUGAGAUUGUUGCUGCAAGAGCAAAGGAACCAACAAUUUGAGGUAUUGGUGAAGAAGAUGGAAUCGAGGGUUUGUGUUUUACUCAGAGAAAAAGACGAGGAGAUUGCGAAGGCGACGAAUAAAGCAAAUGAGCUGCAAAAUCUGUUGAAGAGAGUCGAGAUGGAUAGCGAGGUGUGGCAAAGAGUGGCGCACGAGAACGAAGCGAUGGUUUUCUAUUUGAAUAACCGGAUCGAACAGCUACGAGAGCAAGCCUGUAGCCGGGUCGACGAUGCAGAGUCUUGCUGCGAAUGCGAAGAGGAGCAGAAGAAAGAAGAAUGGUUUGCAAAUGCUGCUAUUAUCGAGGUUCGUGCGUUUUGUUCCUUCCGUGCAGGCACCUCUGUUCGUGCAAGGAAUGCGCAGUUUUUCUUGAUUGUUGCCCCGUUUGUAGAACAGCCAAGAAAGGUAGCAUAGAGGCAUUGGUUUCCUAGAAAAACCAAAUUCCUGGAAAAUCCAAAAACAAAGUCUGAUGGUGAUGAAGGAUGAGCAAAAGUAACCCAUGUAAUUAAACAAGCAAAAAUAGAGAAAUGA